GCCGGAUUUCUGUCAAGGCUCUAACCUCAUUUGUGAAAGCCUUGAAAUUCAGCAUUUCCCUAUCAACUGUUGCAUGUAGCUUUUUCACAGCCACAAUCUGGCCAGAGGGUCAGAGAAGAAGGGUGAAAAUAACAUGGUGAAUAAUAACAUUUGCCUACAAAAUGCAGAGGUAUCAGCACUUUCACAACAUCAGUUGAAGAAAUAUGAUGGCACACUCCAUCAGCUUCAAACUUUUUCUAUUAUUAUUCAUCUUCUACACUUGCUUGCAGGAAAACACCUUUGCCCUUAGAAAGACUUACAUUGUAUACCUGGGGGGACAUUCUCAUGGUCCAAAUCCAUCACUUGAUGAUCUUGACUCAGCCACAAAUUCCCAUUAUGAUUUACUGGCUUCAGUCUUGGGAAGCCAUGAGAAGGCAAAAGAAGCAGUCAUGUACUCCUACAACAAGCACAUUAAUGGUUUUGCUGCACUUCUUGAAGAGGAAGACGCAUCGGAGAUUGCAAAAAACCCAGAUAUAGUUUCAGUUUUCUUGAGCAAAGAGUAUAUUCUGCACACUACCAGAUCAUGGGAGUUUCUUGGCUUGGAAAGAUAUGGAGGAACUCCUGCAGAAUCUGCAUGGUGGAAGGCAAAAUAUGGCCAAGAUACAAUCAUGGCUAAUUUAGAUUCAGGGGUUUGGCCAGAACAUCCUAGCUUUAGCGACAAUGGAUACGACUCAGUGCCAGCAAGGUGGCGUGGGAAUGGGGUUUGUGAGAUUGAUCAUAUUGGAAAUUCAACCAAAACAUUCUGUAACAGGAAGCUGAUUGGAGCUAGGAUGUUCAGCAAAAACUACGAGGCACAGCAUGGCAAGCUUGAUAACUUCAAACGCACUGCAAGAGACUUUGUUGGUCACGUCACACAUACCUUAUCCAUAGCAGCUGGAAACUUUGCUCCCGGUGCCACGGUCUUCGGCAAUGGCAAUGGCACUGCAAAGGGUGGAUCUCCAAGAGCUCGAGUUGCGACCUACAAAGUGUGUUGGUCCAUAACUGAUGCUGGUGGCUGCCAUGAAGCUGAUAUUCUACAAGCAUUUGAUCAUGCCAUACAUGAUGGUGUUGAUGUGAUCUCAACCUCUUUGGGUGGGUCUAAUCCUUACAUUGAAGCUUUGUUCACAGAUGGGAUUUCCAUAGGGUCCUUCCAUGCAAUUGCUAGGAAUGUUGUGGUGAUUUGCUCUGCUGGGAAUGAUGGGCCAGCACCUAGAACUGUCACAAAUGUAGCUCCCUGGUCAUUCACAGUUGCUGCUAGUACUAUAGACAGGGAAUUCAUCAGCAACGUUUCUCUUGGUCACAAACCUUACCUUAAGGGAGCCAGUCUUAGUAAAGGCUUACCAUCAAGGAAAUUUUAUCCAUUAGUUCAUUCCAUCGAUGCUAGACUUCCUAAUGCCACAGUCCAAGAUGCUCGCAUUUGCAAGAAUGGAACACUUGAUCCUCCCAAAGUAAGGGGGAAAAUAUUAGUCUGCAUUCGCCGUGAUCAAACAUCAUCAGUUGCUCAAGCCUACGUAGCUUCUCUUGUUGGUGCAGUAGGAGUGUUUGUCAUCAAUGAUGAGAAAGCAGGAGAUAUAAUUCUAGCUGAGCCUUAUCCUCUACCUGGUGCCAGUAUAGAUGCCUAUGAUGAUGAGGAUAAAGACGAGCAAGAAUGGUUUGGAAAAGGAGGCUCUGGCAAAAACAGUAGCCGGAAAAUGGUUGGUUACAUGACUGCAGCAAGAACAUACAUAGGAAUAAAGCCAGCUCCAAUUAUGGCUGGAUUCUCAUCCAGGGGUCCUAGUGCUGUGCAGCCAUUGAUACUCAAGCCAGACAUAACUGCUCCUGGGGUGAACAUUCUGGCUGCAUAUUCACUAGCCACAGGUCCAUCUAAUCAACCUUCAGAUAAACGUAGGGUUCCUUUCAAUGUGCAACAAGGAACUUCUAUGUCUUGCCCUCAUGUUGCUGGCAUUGUUGGUCUUCUCAAGACACUUCAUCCUAAAUGGAGUCCAGCAGCUAUCAAGUCAGCCAUCAUGACUACAGCUACCACUCUAGAUAACACCAAUCGACCGAUUCAUAACGCAUUUGAUCAGUUAGCAACUCCACUUGAAUAUGGUUCAGGACAUGUGCAGCCUAACCUGGCAGUAGACCCUGGGCUUGUUUAUGAUCUAAGCAUAACAGACUACUUGAACUUCAUAUGUGCUUCUGGUCAUGACCGUAACUUACUGAGGUUCUUCUUCAAUCAGAGCUCUUACACUUGUCCAGAGACAUUCAACAUUGAAAAUUAUAACUAUCCUUCAAUCACAGUAACCAAUCGCGGGAUGAAUCCUCUAAACGUCACUCGUACAGUCACAAACGUUGGAUCUCCAGGCACAUAUGUUGUGGAAACUCAUGCACCUGAAGAGUUUAAUGUUCUUGUAAGACCAAGUUCAUUGAGUUUUGAGACAGUUGGAGAAAAGAAGAGCUUUAAGGUUAUUCUGCAGGCAACAGGUUAUCCUAGUCAUGGUUUUCCAAUAUUUGGGAACUUGACUUGGACAGAUGGGAAGCACAGAGUAACCAGUCCUAUUGUUGUUCUGUAACCUCAGAAAUCACUCUGAGAAAUGUUAUGUUAUCAUUACCAUUUUAACUAUUUAAGCAUGUCAUUGUGUAUGUUGUUAACUUGUUAUUGACCUGUAUUUGCUUUUUUAUUAUUCAAAUGUUAGUUGUAUUGAAGCUUUUCUGUUAUAUGGAGCUCUUUCUGCAAGAUAUU